AUGGCAACAACGUUACAUACGGCAAGGGAGUUCCUGCUUUUGUCUUUGCCUUUGAACGCGAGACCUGCGGUCGCGCAGAGCAAAGACACCGAAACCUGGCUUCAAAAUGGGCUCAUCGAGGGCAAAGCGUUCGUAUCGAAGUUUGAGAUCCCCGAGUUUAAGAUUGGGUCCUUGGACACAUUGGUGCAGCAAUCCGAGGAAUUGAGUAAAAUCGACUCCCAAGUGGGUACUUCGAUAGGGAAGAUUAGUGAGAUUUUGGCGAGUUUGAGCGAAUCGCAGACAAACGCGUAUAAGACGGUUUCGGUGCAAAACGUGCCCAUUCCGGAGUACCUGGAACAUUUCCAAUGGCAGACACGCAAGUUUAAGCUUGACAAGUCUAUUAAAGAGCUUAUAAGUGACAUUUCGGAAGAAUCGUUCCAGUUGGACGCAGACGUAAGAGCUACCAGUACGGACUACAGUAACGCUAAGACCAAUCUUGCCGCUGCUGAGAGGAAAAAAACUGGUGAUCUUUCCGUGCGGUCGCUGCACGAUAUAGUCAAACCCGAGGAUUUCAUUUUGAACUCCGAGUACCUGACGACGGUGUUAGUUGCAGUGCCUCAAUCUCUGAAGGAAGAUUUUUGCAAAACCUACGAAACGCUCGCUAAGAACGUGGUGCCUAGUUCUGCGUCUGUUCUUAAGGAAGACGACGAGUACGCCCUCUACAAUGUGCACAUGUUCAAGAAGUCCGUGAACCAGUUUGUUUCUGCGUGCAGAGAGAAAAGAUACGUUCCACGUGAGUUCAACUACUCGGAGGAACUCAUCGAUCAGUUGAAGAAAGAGCACGAUUCCGCGGCUAGCCUUGAGCACUCUUUGCGGGUUCAACUCGUACGUCUUGCCAAGACCGCUUACUCGGACGUGUUCAUUAAUUGGUUCCACGUCAAGGCGCUGCGCGUUUUCGUGGAGAGUGUGCUGCGGUACGGACUUCCUCCUCACUUCAACACCAAGAUUAUUGCCGUGCCUCCAAAGAACUUGUCCAAAUGCAAGACCGAGCUCGUGAAGGAGUUCGGCUAUUUGGGCGGAAACGCGUUCUCGAAAGACAAGAGCGGCAAGAUUAAGCAGAAUGACGCUUCUCUCCACGAGUACGCAGCGAUUGUCGAUACAGACUAUGAGCCUUUUGUCAUGUACACCAUCGAGCUGUGA